AUGCAAGCAAAUUCGUCACCAAACAUCUGGGAAAUGUCUCGUCGCAACUCGCACUUCGCCCUCCCUCCCCAAUCCGCACAGUUUCCAUUAGCCCAAUAUUAUUAUGGACAAUACGGGAAUUGUGGGAUCGCUAUGAAAAAUUCUUGUACGAGGCAUUAUGCAUUGUUAACGGCUUCCUUGAGAUCGAUGGUUCUAGUGUUUUUGAUGUCUUCUGCUAGUUUGAUUUUGGCCAAGAACAGUGUAGGAACAGCCCAGGAAUUUAUUCUCCGAGGAAUGCUUAAUUACAGAAUCGCCGAUGCUAAAAUUGUGGAGUGA